AUGGGUACCCGUCCUCCGGCCAAGGCUGGGUCGUGGUACGUCAGUGACGCCGAGACGCUGAACGAGGAGCUGGAUGAGUAUCUGAGCCGCGUGCCCGAUAGCAUCAACGGCUCCCCGUCCCCUAUCGCGGGAGCGAGGAUGGUUAUUGCACCACACGCCGGCUUCACCUACUCUGGACCAUGCGCAGCAUGGGCCUACAAGCUGCUAGACGUGAGCAGGGCAAAGCGCGUCUUCCUCCUCGGCCCUUCGCACACGUACUACCUGUCCGGUUGCGCGGUGACGACCUUUGACCGGUAUCAGACGCCGUUUGGCGCGUUGGAGGUGGACCGCGAGACGGUGGACCGGGUGAAGCAGGCCGGGGGCUUCGGCGACAUACCGCCACGCAAGGACACGGCGGAGCACUCCCUGGAGAUGCACACGCCCUACAUCUACAAGAGGCUCGAGCAGGAGUUUGGCAGUGACGAUCCCGCGGCCAACUUCCCGAAGCUGGUGCCCAUACUCAUCGGCGACAACGACGGCGCCGAGGAGAAGGAGGUGGCCAAGGUGCUGGCCCCCUACCUGGCGGACCCGGAGAGCGUCUUCGUCGUCAGCUCCGACUUCUGCCACUGGGGCGGAAACUUCUCGUACACGGUGCACGCUCCCGACGGCGACUGGCGCGGGAACCUCCAGCGGCUCCGGUCGAGGGACCGCAACGCGCCGGCGGGGAUCCCUAUACACGAGACGAUCCGGCUCGUCGACCAGGCCGCCAUGGACGCCGUCGAGAGCGGGAGCCACGAUGCGUUCGUGUCUAAUCUGGCCCUCACGGGAAACACGGUCUGCGGGAGGCACCCUAUCGGCGUGGCCAUGGCGGCGCUGGAGCUGCUCGGCGGGAAGAGCAGGUUCAAGGUGGUGCAGUAUCAGAGGAGUAACCUGGUGCAGUCCCCGUCGGACUUCAGCGUCAGCUACGUAUCUGCGUAUGCUGUGGUGUAG